AGCAAGAAAGCGAAAGAGAAGUAAGAUGGGGGGAGACGCCAACAACCGCGCCUUCUCUUGAGACGAGAUAGGAGUGAAAUUCCCCUCCCCCCCCCUCUCUCUCUCUCUCUCUCUCUCUCUCUCUCUCUCUCUCUCUCUCUCUUUGUGCGAGUGUGUGGGUAUCCUGUUUAUAGUUUGGCUGAAGAAAGUCGCAAGUUUCCCGCUUCUCCCCAUUUCUGAGCGAGGAGGAAGACCCCUCCAGCCGAAGGAUCCGAGGUAGUUUGAUGAUCUUUUGGCGCGGAGAUGGCUAACUGGGAACUCAAGGGCUGCUGCCAACAGGAUCAGAAGGCUUUCUUGAUCACCAUUUGCAUAUAUGCCGUCGUUAUCCUCGCACCUAGGAAUGGUUGAGGGUAGGCAAUGGACUGUGUUCUCUGGCCUGGCAUGGAUACCAGACUAGGUUCUUCAAAUAGCUUUAUGCAGUUCCAAUGAUUGUCAGCUUUGGAGGACCUUUCUACUGAAACCUUUCAAGCUUAUUACUGUGUUUCUUCAUGAAGCAAGUCAUGCAAUUGCUUGUAAGCUCACUUGCGGUGAGGUGUUGGGUAUGAAGGUCGAUGAGAAUGAGGGUGGAGUGACAGAAACACGUGGCGGGAUAUACUGGAUAAUCUUGCCAGCUGGAUACCUUGGUUCAUCAUUUUGGGGAAUGGUUUUCAUAUUAUCAUCCACAAACCUUCUCACUGCAAGAAUUGCUGCUGGAUGUUUUCUAGCUGCUUUGUUUAUUGUACUAUUUGUUGCUAAGAAUUGGUUCCUUCGAGGACUUUGUAUUGGAUUCAUUAUUUUCAUAGCUGUAGUAUGGCUUUUGCAAGAAAAGACAUCAGUCCAUGCACUUCGCUACAUCAUUUUGUUCAUAGGUGUAAUGAACAGCUUGUUUUCAGUUUAUGAUAUCUAUGAUGACUUGAUAUCGCGUAGAAUCCGCUCAAGUGAUGCUGAACAAUUUGCUGCUCAUUGCUUGUGUCCAUGCAAUGGAGUUGCAUGGGGAGUCAUUUGGGGAUUGAUAUCUUUUGCGUUUCUAUGUGCAUCUGUGUAUCUUGGACUCGUCAUCUUAUCUUGAGGUUCAAUGGGUCCUGUUGAGAUUCUUUUGCUCCCUGAUAUACAUAAUUUUUUCCACUAAUACUUUUCCAUUUAGAGUAAAAGAAAUAUUCAUUGUAUUCAAAACAUGAACUUGUGAACUAUUCGUAGAACUUUCUAGAAAAAAUUGAUUGUUUCCUUCCUAUUGCAUAUGGGAAGUGAUGGCCACUCUA